UUUAUUCCCACAACCAAAAAACUAACAACACUUGCACGCACACAAAAACACACACACUUAUCCAAAAAUGAUGACGUGGAGAGUCAUCUCAGCACUCGCAACACUCACGGCGGCGCUCAUCUUUUCCGGCUGCGAAAGCAGAGGCAUCGCCGGCUCAAAGCAGAGCACGGAGUUCAUCCGAACAUCGUGCUCCACCACCGCCUACCCCUCCCUCUGCUACACCUCCCUCUCCGCCCACGCCGCCGCCAUCCAGCAAAACCCCAAGCUCCUCGCCAAUGCCGCCCUCUCCGCCAGCCUCGACACCGCCGCCUCCGCCUCCGCCGACAUGGCCAAGCUCUCCCGCGCCGCCGGCAUGAAGCCCCGCGAAACAGGCGCCAUGCGCGACUGCGUGGAGGAGCUGGCCGACUCGGUCGACCAGAUCAAGAGAUCGAUGGCGGAGAUGGAGCGGAUCACGCCCUCCAACUUCGAGGCCAUGAUCAGCGACGUGCAGACGUGGGUCAGCGCGGCGCUGACGGACGAGGACACGUGCAUGGACGGGUUCGCCGGGAAGGCGAUGGCCGGCGGCGUGAAGACGGCGGUGAGGGGGAAGGUUGUGAAUGUGGCGCAUAUGACUAGCAAUGCUCUGUCUCUUAUCAAUACCUAUGCUACUCUCCAUUAGAUGUGGCAAAUCGUGCUGGUUUGAUUGUUAUCUGCUCAAUCUGUUAUUGAAGGACAAAUCCGAACCCGACCUAUUAAGAGUCUGUCUUCAUGCUUUAGUAUUACAAAUUUUGAUGGAUGUUAGAUUUAGUUGUUGUCUAGUACAUGGUGAAGUUGGAAUAGUAUAGUAUAGUACAAUUGUUGUAAGUGUGUGAAUUGUGUAGUUAAUGGAUUCGAGUUAUGGAUGUAAAUUAAAGUUUAUUUUUGGAAUAUGAUUAAUUGGCCUACUUAUGCA